GAAGGGGGAUAAAACCGUUCCUCGCGGACCAAACUCCGGCCACAAGGUAAGACCAGAGCAGCUGAAUGAUUUUGGGCAAAGACCACUGCCUGUAAAGCCGUGCAGGCUCCUCGUGUGCCUCUUCCACCCGUGUGUGUGCAGGUUUGGGUGCCACAGCAGAAACAAAAAGCUCUAAAGCUGCUGGAGAGCAUCCAGAAGAGGGUAUGGAGUUGGCGAAGGGUUUAGAGGGGAAGUCGUGAGAGGAGCGGCUGAAGACACCGGGUCUGUUCAACCCAGAGAAGAGGAGAGACCUCAUCGUGGUCUGCAGCUUCUGCACAAGGGGAGGAGGAGCAGGCGCUGAGCUCUUCUCUCUGGUGACCAAUGAUAGGAUCAGAGGGAAUGGCAGGAAGACGCCAGGGAAGGGUUAGGUUGGACAUUAGGAGAAGGUUUGUCCCCAGAGGGUGGUGGAGCCCUGGAACAGCUCCCAGGGAUGAAGUCACAGCACCAAACCUGACAUUUGGCCAAUGCAAACGUGGGGUGAACGUUGGGGUGUCCUGUGCAGGGCCAGGAGUUGGCCUCGAUGAUCCCUGGGGGUCCCUUCCAAUGCGGGUCAUUCCGUGAUUCCUUUUCCCUUUGCCCCCAGCAGAUGUUUUCCACCACUCCCUAUUUCAAAAGCUGCGGAAAGAAGGAGCAGAAAGGAUGCGCGGGAUCCGAGAACCCUCCGUGUGACCGCCCUGACUCUGACACGGACAUCAAGGGCUCCCAGCAGCUGGGGAGAAGUCCCAGCGCCUUCAUCCCCCUGGAAGAGAUCCUCCAGGGAGGUGUGGAGAGCAGCUUGCGGCAGCUCCUCAUCGAGGCCUUCGUCUCGGCGGGCAGGGUGGACAAUAUCACCAUGGUGAUGGGGCUGCACCCCCAGUAUCUCAGCAGCUUCUGGAAGACCCAGUACCUCCUGCUGCGUAUGGAUGGGCCCCUGCCCUACCACAAGCGCCACUACAUCGCCAUCAUGGCAGCAGCCCGGCAUCAGUGCUCCUACCUGGUGGGCUUGCACAUGGGGGAGUUCCUGCGGGCGGGGGGCAACCCGGCGUGGCUGCAGGGGCUGCACUGCGCCCCCCAAAAACUCAGGAACCUCAACGAGAUCAACAAGCUGCUGGCGCACCGGCCCUGGCUCAUCACCAAGGACCACAUCGAGGCUCUGCUGAAGACCGGGGAGAACAGUUGGUCCCUGGCAGAGCUGGUGCAAGCCCUGGUGCUCCUCACUCACUACCACUCGCUCGCCUCCUUCGUUUUCGGCUGCGGCAUCAACCCCGAGGAGGACCAGGAUGGGGGGCAGAGCUCCCAGCCCCCCUCGCCCCACGGCGACAGCAGCCCUCCUUCUGACGGCAGCGUGGGGGGCUCUGGGGGCAAGGAUGCGAUGCAGGAGGUGGAGAUGCUGAUGGAGAAGAUGAAGCUCCUGCAGGAAAACCAGCUGGAGGAGGAGGGCGUCACGCAGGAGGAGAUGGAGACGCGCUUUGAGCUGGAGAAAACGGAGAGUUUGCUGGUCACUCCCUCGGAUAUUGCAGAGCACUCCCUGCAGUCCAACGUCCUCUGCUUUGUGGAGGACCCUGAGUUCGGCUACAAAGACUUCACGCGGAGGGGCGAGCAGGCACCCCCAACUUUCCGUGCGCAGGAUUACACCUGGGAGGACCAUGGCUACUCGCUGAUCAACCGCCUCUACCCCGACGUGGGGCAGCUCCUGGAUGAGAAGUUCCAGGUUGUCUACAACCUGACGUACAACACCAUCGCCAUGCACUGCGGCGUGGACACGUCCAUGCUGCGCAGAGCCAUCUGGAACUACGUCCACUGUGUCUUCGGCAUCCGCUACGAUGACUAUGACUACGGGGAGGUGAACCAACUCCUGGAGCGCAGCUUGAAGAUCUACAUCAAGACGGUGGCCUGCUACCCGGAGAAGACAACCAAGCGGAUGUACGCACAGUUCUGGAGACACUUCAAGCACUCAGAGAAGGUGCACAUCAACCUGCUCUUGUUGGAGGCUCGGAUGCAGGCGGCUCUGCUCUACGCCCUGAGAGCCGUCACCCGCUACAUGACCUGACCCACCUCUGCUCCCUCCUCCUCCUGCCCCAGGUUUGGGGGAAAGGCCAGGGGGGAGCUGAUUCCCUAAAGACUUUGCUGGAAAAUUGUCUCCCCGCUUGAGGGGUCUGGAGCUGUGGAAGGAAAGGGAGAGCUUCGCAGCCCCUCAUCCCAGCGGAGGAGAUCCUCAAGAAGCUGUCAGUGCUGGGAAGACCUCAGGGUGCUGCUGUGGGCUUGGGGGAGCUCGACUGCUCUGUGCCUUUCUUGGGGUGAGCCUGAACGAAGCCAAACCAUGUGCUUGUGGGUGCUGCCUUCACCCUGCAGUGCUGGUGCGACACCUCCGUGCCACGUCCCGGCACCAAGACUGCUGCUGCGGAGGAUCAGAGGUCACCAGAAGGUAUUGUGGACAUCGCCUCUGCUUCUUGGGGCCUCGUCGUGCUGGAAGAUGCACAGCUGCUCAAGGAAUGCUGUCCUGGCUCCCCCUUCUCCAGGUAGAUGCUGCAGGAAUGGGAGAAGCAUCCGGCCAUCCCAUCGCCCAGGCAGCCUCCGGUGCUGCUCAUCUCUGAGCUGAGUCCCACCACCACUUCGACGUCUGCGUGGUGGUGGCUCCACGAUUCUUCCUUGCUCUGACCUGGGUGUUUUGUUUGCUUUCAGUGCCUCCUGCGAUGGGGGGGACAUCCCCUCCCUGGCUGGGGGUGCCUGCAGCCCCUCGCUGCUCCCCACGGUGUCCUGGACCCCAACCCAGCCCUCAGCUGGGGCUGCAGGAGGGGUUCAUCCCCCUGUAAUUUGGGAUGUGAAAUGCUUCUUAACCUGGGACAGGCAGAGGGUGAGGGUAGGAGUGCCCGCGUUGGGGUUUACACCCUUUUUUUCUUUUUUUUUGCAUCAUUUUUCAGCUGCUGCCGCCCCUCUGCUGGGCUCAGCCUUUGUGACAGAGGUGGGGAGCGCGGCGCUGCUCCCCUGCCUGCGGUGAGGGAGGGAUGUGGGGUGCCCAUGGCUUUUCCCCCAGCUGCCCCAGAGCAUUUCCUAGCGGUGCAGGACGCCGAGGAAGUGCUGGUUCAGGAGAAUCCCUGCUCACAGCUCUGCUGGAGCGCAGAUCCGGGUCCAGCAGCAUCGCCUCUGGGUUUGCCUCUGCUGAAAUGUAGCUCCGAUUAAGUUAUUUCUAUAUUUUUGGGGGUAUAUUUACUCCUGACUGGGCAUGGCGAUGCCACUGUGACUUUGCUACAGAUCUUGUUUGAAAGAAUAAAAUUGUUCUUUUUGGGGUUUUUUG